UAUAUUUGCAUGCAAGGCGGUAGACAACAGUUGAAUUUGCAGAGUAAUGGUUGUGCACAUAAUAAGGGAACCCCCAUACAUGAGCUCCUGCAUGCCGUCGGCUUUUGGCACGAACAAACUAGAGAAGAACGAGAUAGUUUCGUGAACAUCAAUUGGAAUAAUAUUCCACAAAAAAACCAGCAUAAUUUCGUAAAGGCUAAGCCGGGGCAGACCAAAUCUUAUGGUAUCCCUUAUGAUUACGGCAGUGUGAUGCAUUACUCAGCGUACGCGUUUGCCAUAAAUCCUAAAGAAAAAACCAUUAUUACAAAGGUACGUAAACAUUAUUUUUAUAAACGUCUUAUAUAUCGUAAGACGGUUGACGGUUCCUUUGUUAGAGUAGCUAAAUUUUUGGACGGAGGUACAUUCGAGUUACUAAUUCAUCGUUUUGAAAUAGAAAAUA